AUUUGGGCACAGUAUUUUCUUUUUUUUUUGACCAAUCCCCCUCUUCUAGCAAUCACGAGUAAAUCCAGGAGAUAUAAUAAGAUGUUGAAUAAAAUUGUCAACAUUAAUGAAGAUUGUUCUGAGGAUACCUCCGUAGAAGAUCAAUAUGAAUUAGGCCAAAGCGAAGCUGACAGUGAAAUUUCUGAAUACACUGAAAGUGGAGAGACAGAAGGAUUUUCCGAAUACACUGAAAGUGGAGAGACAGAAGGAUCUUCGAAUAAUGAAGACGAAAACUUCUUAAAAGUACAUCGUAACAAGGAAACGAUGAUGAUUCUUUCUAGUUCUGACUCCGAGGAUGAAAGGACGAGCAUUCCAAGCGCAUCCCAAAAUGUAAUGGGUGAAAUUGAAAUUUCAAUUGACGGGACACAGUGGAUAAAUGUGAAACGCGUGUGGAUCCACGCACAGGACUCCCAUUCGUAUGAUAUUCAAGGAUGUCGCAAGGUCACUGGCUAUGCUAAGAGAAAUAUUAUAUCGGGUUGUAUAACUAGCUCUUUCGAAUUGAUAAUUGAGUGA